AUGGGGUUGAGAAGCAUGAAGUGGGAUGAAUGGAUCGGUAAGGCAUCUUCACAUACCACAUCCAUGGCUUCAGUGACGCUCACAGAAGCUCUAGAGCUGGACAGCCACUACCUACGGUAUCACGCCGACAAAGCACGUCGGAUCAAGGAGAGGGGAGCGAAAUGCUGCAGAACCGCACCUGAGGCGAUGGACGGUGCCAUUGAGCUACUGGAAGAGCUCACCUCCUACCUCCCCGAAAGAUACCCCUCCAUGUUCCGCAAAACCGCAACAGGCAUCGCCAACACCAUCACCGGCGAAUCCUUCAACACCACCCAGCGCCCCCUCCCCGAAGACCCCAUGACGACCUGCGCGCGACUCAUCCAAGACGACUUGGCGCUCAUGUUCGAAAAGCCCGACGGCGAGUACUACCUCCUCGCAGGCGCGAUCCUUCUCGCCGGCUUCUGGCGCCUCGAAGACAAAUUCGGCAUGCGCCUCUCAGAGAUCCACACCUCCGGCGACGUGCCGGGCUUCAGGACCAAGCUCGAAAAGGGCAUGAUGAACUUCUUCCGCCGGAUUCGGCCUGAAGACCCCGUGCUUCGCAACAACUACUUCAUCCAGGUCGACGACGAGCUCGCCUGGUCGCAUAGUAUCGGGUCCGAGGACGCGGCCGUCGUCUCGUGGAACACCGCGCAGAAGAACAAGGCCAUCGAGCACCAUUACUUCCGGUCGGAGAGGCAGAGUCUGCGCCGGCUGCCGCGGUCCGGGGCGGUGGUAUUUACGAUCAGGACGUACUUUGAGCCGAUCACGGAGAUUGCGAAGGAGCCGUAUGUGCCUGGUCGGCUUGCCUCUGCGAUUCGGAGUUGGGAUGCGGAUGUGUCGCGGUACAAGGGGCGGGAAAAGUACGAGGAGGUGUUGCUGGAGUAUCUGGAUAAGAAGCAUGCGGAGCAGGUUGCUGCGGGCCUGGAUUUGCACAAGGAGGAUGAGGUUCGAAGUUAUCCUUUUUGA